AUGCAAGGGCAAGGGCAAAUUUCCUGUAUCAUUGUGGGUGAAACUCCAGAUAUCCAAUUUUUGGGAUGGAGAUUAAGUUUAGGAAGUGCAUUUAUUGUGCUCGUCUCACAAUAUGUGUCGAGCGAUGGUUUAGUGGGUUGGAAAUCAAGUAGGUUAGGUGCCAAUUUUUAUACACCUAAUGUGUUCGCCAAAGAGGUUGGAGAAUUAUCUCCAAAGCUUUUAAAUCCGGAUAAUGGGAAAUGUAAGUAUCCAAUUGAUGUCAUUAUUAUUAGUGGGAUUUCCAUUGGACAAUUUGCAGAAAAUUGUAAAGCAGUAUCGAGAUUCGCAAAUCCACAGACAACGGUAUUGGUUAAUGCAUCCUUCGGUUGUGAGUUAGAAGAAGUGGCGCUAAAUGUUUUUGAUAAAAAUUGUAAAUGCGUCAUGUCCAUUGCAUGCGAUAUAGAAUGUCGUCAAUUGUCAUUAGGUUCAUAUGCAUUGGUAAACGAUAAUAAUUGUAAAGUUUAUUUGGGAUUAACAUAUACUUCACAAAAUGAUAGUGAUAAGGCCCUGUUGUCAAAGAAUGAAGCCAGUGUUAGAGAGGAAUUGGAUAUUCAAACUGACACCAACACAAAUAAAUUAAUCAAACAGCUAACCGUUACCAAAUGGGUUAAAGUACAAUCUUAUAAAAAUCCACAAGAGAUGGCAGUCAAGAUUUGGGAAAUGAUUAUCCCCAAAAUUUCAUUAAACAUUUUAUCAGUAAUUUAUGAACAAUUCGAUUACGACACUUUACUCAAGAACAAAUCAAAUGAGAUUGUAUUUAGGGAUUUGGUAAAGGAAUUGUUUGAUAUCUGCUAUGCCCAAUGUAAUGCUAAAGUGGAAACGUUUAUGUCUGAAACCAAUACUAGCAUUUCUUCUAAUAAAAGUACUGGUGCCAUUGAUUUUAAUAAGAUUGUCGACCAUUGUAAAUCCAAGAGGAAAGAAUUAAUUAAGACAACUGUUAACGAGUAUCCAGAAUAUUUAUCAUUGCCAUUUGAAUCUUAUUGUUUUUAUCAUAGAUUUGAAUAUCCCGCUCAUAUUCUUUUGUACCAACCAAUUCUUUUGGCUAAAAAAUACAAUGCCCAGUGUUCCAAUUUAAACUUCCUAUACGGAUUUUAUUCAAGAUUAUUAUCAUUAAGUGGAUUAUCCAUAUACGGUGGCAGAAGUGAAUCGCAUAUUUCUGUAUUUGAUAAAAGAGUUGCAGAAGCUUCGAAUAACUCUAAUAAUAGCGGUAAUGGUCAUAAGAGGAAGACAAAAAAGAGUUCUAAUAGAAAGAAGGAUAAAAGUAAGCAAGUCAAGAAGGAAAAAAAUCAAGCAUUGGUAAAGGUAGCAAAACCACAUCCAUUAUGGUCAGGCUGUAGAUCAAAUAACGAAUUAGGUCUUUGGGCGGUAGCGCCACCUUCAGGUAAUGAAUUAUUACUACCUGAUGAUUUGGGAAAUCUUUACCUUGCUGCAGAGAAUUUAAAUGGUCCAUCGUCUGCAUCAGUUUUAUCACGCUCAUCAAACGGAAAUAAUGGUUAUUCGAUUGGUAAACCCAAGAGUAUGGACUCCGAUGAUCAUUAUUCUACAGCAGAAUCUAAUGAUGGAGGAGUAGUCGUUGGAAUUGAUAGCGAUGAUGAAAGGUUGAAAACUCGCAAUAGUGGCCGUAAUAGCGGCAGCGGCGGCAAGCGAGGUGGUUAUUUAGACGGCAGUAGCGGAAGUAUGGAUGUGGAUGAUGACGAAGCCGAAACUGGGAGUUAUUAUGACCAAAGGGCAGCUAGUACUGGGACUCCUAGCGUUAACGAUAGUGAUGACGACUACGAGGAAGACGAUGACGAUGAUUAUGAUUAUCAGGAAGACGAUGACGAUGCAUUAGAAAUUAAGAUGUCAUCCCGUAGUGGUAAAUUUAAAAAUCGUGAGCUUAUCAAUAAGAUUAGGAAGAAAAAAGGUGGUGCCUUGGAGAAUAUGGGGGUUAUUGCUGUGCCACAUUUUAUUAAGAGAUUUUCGCCCAAGACCCCAAACAACUCCAACACGUCUCUAGCAGUAUUCGAUCCUGCUACCGCAAAUGAUCCCUCACAUGCUAUCAAGAGACCUUACACUACCACGAGUUUAGAAUUACAGUUGAGAACGGGAGAGCAUUUAAUCGCUAAGGAAUAUGACGAUUUACAUCAACAACUGACUGGACCUGAAACUGAUCCAAGCCAAGUCAGACAAGCUCACGACAACAGGCGCAGAACUUUUGCUAAUGUAGAGAAACAGUUCUGGAAAUUACAAAGGCGUCACAAUAUGUACAACAGAAACAUCUCAAGGCCAAAGACUGGUCCAUAUGAAGAUCUACUCGACCACAUGGACAUACUGAGAAGAAGUAAUGCCAACGAAAUUCUCGAUUUCACCACUUCAAGAUAUGGCAAUGCAGAAUCGUGUGCCAAAAUGCAAAACGACAAAAACCUCAUUUUGUCUCUCCAUGAAAGUAAACUACGUGCUAGCAAUAAAAAUAAGCGUAAACUAAGAAUCGGGGCAAGCAGCACAAGCUGA